AUGUGGACUGUUGGGUUGUUAGUGGUGCUGCUAUGCGCCUUUCAUACGAUUUCACAGAGCCCCGGUUCGGGUCCAGGUUCGGGUCCAGGUUCGGGUCCGGGUUCGGGUCCGGGUUCGGGUCCGGGUUCGGGUCCGGGUGUUGGUCCGGGUUCGGGCCCGGGUUCGGGCCCGGGUUCGGGCCCGGGUUCGGGUCCGGGUGUUGGUCCGGGUUCGGGCCCGGGUUCAGGCCCCACUACCGGGGGCGGUGGUCCUAGCGUCGGUGGACCGGCUGUGGGUGGACCGGCUGUGGGUACACCGGAAGGCCCGUUCGCCCCGUUCAGUCCAAGUGGACCGACGGCCGGCGGACCAACCAUCGUAACCAACGCUGAUAAGACUUGCUGUGGAGGGGUAUACAACGCGGCUGCUGGUGGAUCUCCUGUACAUAUGCCGACAAAUUGUCAAGACAUCCGGGAACUUGGUGGUGGGCGUGACGGUAUAUACACAGUUUUCCCAGCAUUCUCCGAACGUUGUAAGCCAAUCAGAGUGUUCUGUGAUCAAUCACAGCAAGGCGGUGGAUGGACGGUGAUUCACCGUCGUGUCAAUGGGCGCAAAGAAUUCUUCCGUGACUGGCUCUCCUACAGAAAUGGGUUCGGUUAUAACUCGGGAGAGAUGUGGCUUGGGAACGAGGUGAUUCACGCCCUAUCGGCACAAAAUCGUUACGAACUACUCGUUAUUUUGGAGGAUUGGCAGUUCACAUUCGUCGAGGCUCACUACAGGCAUUUCUAUGUAGGGAGUGAGGCCACAAACUACACGUUGCGAGUGGCUGGUUUCACAGGAGGUCCAGCAGGUGACGCCCUCUCUGCCCACAAUGGCCAGCAAUUCUCGACCUUUGACCGCGACAAUGACCUUUGGCACGGUAACUGUGCUCAGGAGUACACAGGAGCCUGGUGGUAUUCCUCAUGUCAUAACUCCAAUCUCAAUGGCAAAUAUUUAGGCGGCAUUGUGCCAGCAGGACAGAAUGCUAAGGGAGUAGUCUGGUUCCCGUUCCAUGGGUAUGGAUACUCACUCAAGUCAUCGGUGAUGAUGAUCAGACCGCGAGUCUGAUAGGCCUAGAUUUGGGUAUCGGGUGUGAAUUGGCGGCGCAUUUAAGGAUACUUCAAGAAGCCAUUCAAAAUACAGGGGAUCCGGAUGGGGCACAAGGAUAUUUAAGGAAGGCAUUCAAAAUCCAGGGGACACAUGAAUAUUUAAAGAGGCCAUUCAAAAUACAGAGGGUCCGGAUGGGGCACAAGGAUAAGGAAGGCUAUCCAGCCAGCUAGGGACACAUGGAUAUUCAAAGAGGCAAUUCAAAAUCCAGGGGGACACAUGGGUUUUUAAAGAGGCCAUUACAAAUACAGGGGGGGGGGGCACAAGGAUAUUUAAAGAAGCUAUUCAAAAUCCAGGGAACACAUGUAUACUAUAAGAGGCCAUUCAUAAUCCAGGGGACACGUGAACACCUAAAGAGGCCAUUCAAAAUCCAGGGGGACACAUGUAUACCUAAAGAGUCCAUUCAAAAUCCAGGGGGCACGUGGAUAUUUAAAGAGGCUACUCAAAACCUUAUUUGACCUUUGACUUGGGACGGGUAGGGGUUACAGUGUGUAAUAUUCCGAUAAGGAAAAGAGAAAAGUAUUCAUUUCUUAGGAUCAUCGCAGCUUAGUGUUUUAAUCUGCUCUGUCUACAAACUGUUAAUUUAAGAUAUUAACAUGAAUUUAAAUACCGGUAUUGGUAGUUUAUUUGGUAACUUAAUUACCAAUGCAAAACGAUGUUUUUCAAAUGUUAAUUAAUUGUAAGUCAUAGAUAAUAAAAUGUUGAUGUAUAAAUGUUGACCUCAAAACUUUGAUUAUUUGAAAUUUUAAACUUUGGAAUCUUAAACGAAAACCGUGAAAAAUGUUUUGCUUUAAAAGCUUAUUUGAAGCUUAGUGAUUUCACUUUCCUUUUAGUACAACAUUUAUAUAAAAAAUAAUGGUCAGAAUUUGGGUUUACCUACACCGUGUGUUGUGUUAAAGCAGUGAUCACCUUUGGUAAUUGUCAAAGACCAGUCGUGAAUCUAAACAUGCUUAUUAACAAACAUGUGAAACUUUUAGUUAAA